UUUCACGCUGCGUAUCAGCUAUUGGAAAUUUAAAAUUUUGCGGCAUUAGUAUUGUGAAGUUUCAUAGUAUAAUUAUUAGAUUUUUAUUUACACAUAUCUAUCGUGACCUCUCAAACAGUUUUACAGCAUCAUAAUAAUGGACAGAAACAAGCUCGCGUACGUGAGCGCGGCGAUGGUUGGUGCUGGUACAGCGGUUUUCUUUGUCUGGUGGCUAUGGACCAGACAUCAACGUCAAUAUCUACCGAAUAAAUGGCGCAAGGUCGGCGAGCUCAGUGACCUCCUAUGCUUUCCGGUCAAGUCCCUCGGCGCUAUUCGUCUCAACUCGAUGGAAUGCACGCAAAUGGGGCUUCGCUCCGGCUGGCUGAGAGACAGGAUAUUAAUGGUUAUCGACCUCGACGGGCAAUUCGUCACCGCUCGACAGAUGGCUAAGAUGGUCCAGAUUUCACCGAGCAUCAGCGGAUCGAUGCUGACGCUCAAGGCUCCCGGCAUGAUAUCCGUGUCCGUGGACUUGGCUCGUCUACGAGGCAGCUUCCGAGCAUCGGUUUGGGGCCAGGCGGUGCCAGCCUGCGACUGCGGCGAGGAAGUCGCACGCUGGCUAUCUCGCUUUCUCCUUCAAGAGGACACGGGGCUCAGGCUCGUCUACUACCCACUGGACAAGUCGACGCGUCAAGCCCGCACCAAAGCCAAAAUUUUCCCUCUUGUCGACAGCUCGCACACGGGCGCGUACCCGGACAGUACGAGUUACACACUUCAGAAUGAGGCAUCGAUAGCCGACUUGAAUACAAGGCUCGACGAGCCAGUCUCACCAUUGCAUUUUAGGCCAAAUUUCCUAGUCAAGGGGGCCGAAGUCUUGGAGGAGGACAAUUGGGAAUGGAUAAAAAUUGGCCAGGUAGUUUUUCGCAAUAUUAAGCCUUGCACGCGCUGUAUAUUUACAACCAUUGAUCCGGAGACGGGUAUCAAGAGUCCGACAGUCGAACCUUUGAAGACUUUGAGGAAAUAUCGCACCAUCUCGAAUCCGGAAAUGCGUCCCUACACAUCUGACAGCCCCGUCAUGGGCUUGAACUUGGGACUAUAUUCGUCGAACGGCAUUGUGCGACUAGGCGAUGCGGUGUACGUCAAUGAAUCAGAUGAAUCGGCCGCGCCGAUUGUGUCAUCUUCGCCGAAGUAUUGUUUUUGAGACCUUGAAUGCAAAAUUAUCGCGAUAUUU